AAAAAAAAAAAAAAAAGAGUAGGAAAAGAAGUCAUAGGAAAUGUAUGUUUUGCAGCUGGAUGGGAACGUGGAGGUUGCCCUGUGAAGCUCUCUCACUUUCAGAUGAACACACUGAAGCCCAGAGAAGUUCUGUUACUUGCCCUCUUCCUUGGGUGAGCUUUUCAUGAGCAUGGGUGAAAAUGUCAACCCCUUAACUUGACCCAACAGUUCCCCAAACCAAAUAUCUUAAGCAAUAACUCAGGAACUUAGCUGGCAAGGAAUAGGCAUGGCGGUGGGAGACAGUGGCAAGGCUGUGAAGGCACACACUGGGAUCUCUAGGGCAUGUUGAGCUGGAGAAUGCAGUCUGGUAUGACAUUGACCCCCCUCGGGCCACAGCCAUGAUAAUCAAUUACGUGAAGACCUGAGAAAGCUUUGUUAUUGUAUCAUUUCAAUCCUGAGCUUAGAUCAAGGACACCUGGUUGCCUGUUCCCACAGCAUAUAUUGUCAGACAUACAGUAGGUGCUUAAUAAAUAAUUGCCAACUCUAUGAAGCCCUAAAAGUCAGCUUAGCAAGGUUUCUAUGAGUAGGGGAAGUGUAUUAAAGCAUGUCGAUCUGGGUAAGACCCAAACCUACUGGAAAACCGCAGUAUUCAGGUAUCAGGGAAGCAAAUGUUUCAUUUCCACUGGGUGGCUUUGGAAUUUUUUUCUGGCCACAACCUCCUCCUCAAACUCCUACAGCUGCAGAAGUUCCUUUAAUGUGUGGCUUUUCCAUCUAAAUCAUCGGGAAGAAUUCAAAGCUGGUUGGGUCAGAGUUCAAUGUUAUCAUACAGAACCCAGUUAAAAUUUGUGCUUAUUACAGCAUAUGCCAUUCUCCAGGAUUAUUUUUAGAGAUGUUAAGAAAAUAAGGAACUCUCUUUUCAUUAAAGUUUUUCUUUUCUCUUGUAUCCCUCCUCAUAUCCAAGUUCACCUGGUUUAUUCACUUCUUUUUCCCUGGUUUCUAUGGAUAAAUGGGCCACAGAGCCUAUUUGCAUCCAUUUGGAUGGGAGGGAACCAAUGGGAAUGUGGGAGAGAAUGUGUUAUGUAACCAGCGCACCCUUCCCCGUGGCUGGGAUAGCAGGAAGGGCAGUGAACUUCCCCCAGGAGCUUAGAGAGCCACUGGCCAGAUCCACUGGCAAGGACAGCUGCAGAGAAAGUACUUUUAGACCCAGACCUCACAGCAUUCCUGCACAAACUCCUACAGAAAGAUUGCCAUUCCCAAGCGAUUUGUGAUUUCUGCUGAUGUCUUCCAGGAUAUGGACAGUACUUUUUAAAAUAAUUUCUUGAAAGGAUCAAGAUGAAGGUGAAUGCACUCCUGGCCAGGGCACUUUAUGACAACUGCCCUGACUGCUCCGACGAGCUGGCUUUCAGCAGAGGGGACAUCCUGACCAUUCUGGAGCAACAGGUGCCAGAAAGCGAGGGCUGGUGGAAGUGUUUGCUCCAUGGGAGACAAGGUCUGGCCCCUGCCAACCGCCUCCAAAUCCUCACGGAGGUCGCUGCAGAUAGGCUACGCCCCCCAUUCCUGAGAGGCCUGGAAGAAACUCCUGCCAGCUCAGAGGAGACCUAUCAGGUGCCCACUCUACCCCGCCCUCCCACUCCAGGCCCUGUUUAUGAGCAGAUGAGGAGUUGGGUGGAGGGGCCCCAGCCCCCAGCUGCGCAAGUCUACGAAUUCCCUGACCCUCCCACCAGCGCCAGAAUCAUCUGUGAAAAGACUCUCAGCUUUCCAAAACAGGCCAUCCUCACGCUUCCCAGACCUGCCCGAGCCUCGCUGCCGACUCUGCCUUCCCAGGUGUAUGAUGUGCCUACCCAGCACCGGGGCCCUGGGGCCCUGAAGGAGCCAGAGAAGCCGCAGUUAUACGACAUACCAGCCAGCCGCAAGAAGGCAGGACUCCAUCCCCCAGCCGGCCAAGCAAGUGUGCAGGGUGUUCCCCUGAUAUCAGCAACUACCUUAAGAAGAGGUGGCUACAGUACAUUACCAAAUCCUCAGAAGUCAGAAUGGAUUUAUGACACUCCAGGAAAGACCAGCAUCAGAAAGACGUCUCUCACCAGCUUUGCGGAAGAAUCAGGGCCCCACGCUAUCCCCAGCUCCAGCUCUACUUUCCACAGUCCUCCAAGUGGCAGAGCCAGGUCCCUCACUCCACAACUGAACAACAGGGUGCCUAUGCAGAAAAAACUCAGUGUUCCAGAAAUUUCUUCUUACGGCUUUCUCACACCCAGAGACACAUUUCCUUUGGAUACAGAUGUCAGCUACAAGGUUCCUUCAAGCUUUCUGAUGCCCCGAGUGGAACAGCAGAACACCAAGCCCAACAUUUAUGACAUCCCUAAAGCGAUGUCCAGUGUGUCUCAGGCUGGGAAGGAACUGACGAAAAUCAAUGAGGUGUCAGAGAAUUCCACGGGCCAUGAUUCCUCAUGGUUCUCCAGGCGAACCACUUCCCUAUCUCCUGAACCCGACAGAUUAUCAGUUUCCAGUUCUGACAGCAGAGCUAGCGUCGUUUCUUCGUGCUCCACCACAUCCACCGACUCCUCCUCCAGCUCUUCCUCUGAGGAGUCAGCAAAGGAGCUCUUCUUGGACCUGGACAUGGCCAAGGAGACAGCGAUGGCUUUGCAGCACAAGGUGGUCAGCUCCGUUGCUGGCCUGAUGCUCUUUGUCAGUAGGAAGUGGAGAUUCCGAGACUAUCUGGAGGCCAACAUUGAUGCAAUCCACAGAGCCACUGAUCACAUAGAAGAAUCUGUAAGAGAAUUUCUGGAUUUUGCCCGAGGAGUCCAUGGGACUGCCUAUAACCUCACUGACAGUCACCUUCAGAACAGAAUUCGGGACCAGAUGCAGACAAUCUCCAACUCCUACCGCAUCCUGCUUGAAACAAAGGAAAGCUUGGACAAUCGCCAAUGGCCUCUGGAAGUUCUUGUGACUGACAAUGUCCAGAACAGCCCAGAUGACCUUGAGAGGUUUGUCAUGGUGGCACGGAUGCUUCCAGAAGACAUCAAGAGGUUUGCCUCCAUUGUCAUUGCCAAUGGAAGGCUCCUUUUUAAGCAGAACUGUGAAAAGGAUGAGACUGUUCAGUUGACCCCAAAUGCAGAAUUUAAGUGUAAAAAAUGCAUCCAACCUCCCCAAAGAGAAACUGAAUCAUACCAAAACAGUAUCCUUUCCACUAAGCAAAGGGAAAACGAGCACUCUUCUGAACUAUUAAAGAAAAAUAGAGCAAAUAUCUGUGGACAGACGUUGCUUAACUUAGAAGAGAAAGAGAAACCUAUGUUGGAACAAACGUUAGAUGAAAACAAAGACUUAGGAAUCCCGAAUCCUGGCCUUCUUAUACCCCAGCCUUCAAGUCAACAGGCUCCUGAGAAGAAACCCCACCUGUCUGAACACUGCCGGCUCUACUUUGGGGCACUCUUCAAAGCCAUCAGUGCAUUUCUCAGCAGCCUCGGCAGCAGCCAGCCCCCGGAUAUCCUGAUCACUCAGAGCAAGCUGGUCAUUACAGUGGGACAGAAGCUGGUGGACACGCUGUGCAAGGAAACUCAGGAGAGAGACGUGCGCAAUGAGAUCCUCCACAGCAGCAGUCACCUCUGCAGCCUGCUCAAGGAUGUAGCGCUGGCCACGAAGAACGCGGUGCUCCAGUACCCCAGCCCUGCAGCGCUGGGGCACCUGCAGGCAAAGGCCGAGAAGCUGGAGCAACACACACGGCAGUUCAGAGGGACAUUAGGAUGAGGACAUUCUACCUCCCUUCCUCCUCUGUAGCUUCACACCCACAACUGUGCAACUCUGUUCUAUGGGAAAAGCCAGCCAGGGCAUACACUGAUGAGCUGAAACAGACCUGGUCCCCAAAGCUGGUAGGACCAAGUGGCUAAGCAACCCCAGGGCAUUGACUGACCCCACAGGGGGUCAGGAAAGAGAGUCAGGUAUGAGGUAAAGACAUUGUGAGGUUUAGCACAUGUGGGCUAUGCAGUAUUAGCUUGAAAUGACAUUGUGGAAAUAAUAUUUUAUAUUGAUUAAAUGUGUGCAUGAUUUUGUUUGUUUUGAGAUGGAAUCUUGCUCUGUAACACAGGCUGCAGUGCAGUGGCCCGAUCUCAGCUCACUGCAACCUCCAC